AUGUCUACUUUCGAUUUCGACUUUAUAUUUAAUGAACACAAUCCAUCAUUGGAGUUCCAAACUUACGCAUCUUCACCAGAAAGUAUACCAUCAGCUGUCUCAGAAGAAUCAAGUUUUUCUCCAUCCCCCAGUUCUGAUGGAGUCCAGUUUGCUAAUAAUCCACUGGGAAAUAUUGUAAAAGUGGAGGAAGAUUUAGAAGAAACACAAGGUAGUAACUCAAAAAGAAGACUACGAACUACAUUCUCCAACGAUCAGCUUCUUUAUUUGAAACAAUUAUUCGCCGAGAGCAAAUACUUAUGUCGUCCAAAAAGAAUUAUGACCGCAACUAAACUAGGACUCCAAGAAAGACAGAUAAAAGUCUGGUUUCAAAAUCAACGCAUGAAGCAGAAGAAAUUAGAGAAGGAAAAUGAAGACACCAAUAACGGAAAAAUCAGUUCAUUUUCCGCAAAUAACGAUGUAAAAAAGAGGAGUAAUCAGUUGAUCGCCACAGAAGAUGCAAAGUUCAGAAGAAUGAAUACAUCGGCUGGAUUCAGGCCAACAGUACAUCAUCAUCUACCACAAAAUAUCGACUCGAACACCAAAUUAUAUAAUAGUUAUUUUUCAAAUACCGUCAACUAUCAAACUGCAUACAGCGGGAGUCAGCAAACCGGAAAUAUUAACUACACCGAGAGCUGUAGUUAUGGAAACUAUAACACCAACGUAUAUAAUAAUGAUAACAAUUGCUGCUACUCAACCAAGAACGUAAUUAAUAGUAACCAAAACACAUGUAGUUAUUUUUCACAACCUGUAGAUAAAGACAUGAAUUGUAAUGACUAUGAAAUCUACUAUAAAAAUGCUAAAAUCGGUGUUAGUGAUCUUAACUUAUACUCAAUCGGAGAAAAUCAGACUUCAGAACAAAAUUUGAGUUUUUCUACAAAAUCUGAACCAUCAUUUGAUUUUUUCGACGAUAUCAAUGGAUCCAAUUUUUUAAGCACUGUGCUAGAUGUAUAAUGAUUAUUAAAUAGAUAUACAGUUGUUGAGUGAGACUGAUGUUUCUAUAAGUGAUGUCAAGUAUUAAGUAGAUAUUUAAUUCAACCGGCCAAUUAAAUUAUGAAUACUUUUUGUAAAUAAUGCACUCCAAAGCCAUGCGUUAAGUCAAUAUAAGUCCACUUGCCAAAUACUAUUUGGCCAUAAACAAUAAAAAACUAUAGUUUUACUUAUGACCUUAAAAGCCGAACACAUUCAAUGUGUGUUAAAAUACACGAAGAGAAAAUUAUGGUAACUGUUCCUAUAAUACUAUUGUAAACAUAAUAUUAUGGUAAUCAUUCCCAUAAUGUACGGAAAUUAUUAUCAUUAUAUUAUGGUAACCGUUACCAUAAUAUCACGGUAACGAUUACCAUAAUAUUAUGGUAACAAUAUCAUAGUUACAUGGUAACAAUUACCAUGAUUCCAUAGAAACUAUUCCGAUUCCAUAUGGAAAUUAUACCCAUAAUUAUAGGAAUGAUUACCGUAAUAUAUAUACUAUAUUACUAUAAUUUAUAUAUACUAUGUUACUAUAAUUUUCGCUCCGUGUAAUAUGUUUGUAACAAACUUAGCUUUAUAGUGUAUUUAGAUUUUUCUAUUUUUUUUAA